AUGGACAAAUUAAAUCUCCAUUUCGAGCCGGGACCUUCCGAACUGCUAGGCCGAUGGCGUUACCACAAGAGGGAUCAAAGACCCCAGGAAAGCAUUUCAGAAUACGUGGAUGCCUUGAGAGCUCUCGCCAAGGACUGCAACUUUGGCACCUGGUACGCUGGAACAUCGCAGACUGUUGGUACAUCACCGGAUGCAACGCCAUCCACGUCACGCGCAACCGAGCCAGAGGCAUCAACCACAACGACUCCUUCUACUGUCGGAACUCCUGCAACCACGACUCUUCCACUGGAGAUAAUGUUGCGGGAUCGAUUCAUCUGCGGGCUACGUGACGUCCACGUACAGCAGCGAUUACUCUCAGAGCGGAGUAUCACCUUUCAAAAAGCUUUUGACAUCGCAAAAGCUAUGGAGUCGACAGUCCAGCAACAGUCAAGCAUGCGUAGUACGGAAGGCAACAAGAUUCUCAACACGACGACAAAGCAACGGAAUUCAAAGACGGGGACCAAACAAACUUCCCGUUGUUACCGUUGUAAUGGAGAUCACAAUGCUCAGAACUGCCGAUUUCGGAAGUCAGUCUGUAAUUUCUGUAAGAAAACUGGACAUAUUGAAAAGACUUGCAUCAGUAAGAAGCGGCAGCAGUCUGGUAAGACUACUGAUCACGAUAACACUCGCCAGUCUCAACAACACCGGCAAACGAACUGCAUUGAGGCUACAGAGACUGAGGCGUGGGCAGACCUUUUCUCACUACGCACCUCAAGACAAGCAACGAAUCGUUACACCAUAGAGGUAACGUUAGACAACCGCCCUUGCGUUUUCGAGGUGGACUCGGGAGCAUCAUUCUCCAUCAUAAGCGAAGAAACAUUUCACCACCUCUGGAAUAACGACAGGCCUACUUUGCACAGCGCAACUUUUGACCUAAAGACGUGGACUGGUACUCCACUACAGGUACGAGGCAAAGCGAGAGUGCACGUCAAGCUACAGCACACAGAGGCUGAACUGGAUCUCUACGUCGUUGCUGGUUGCGGCGUAAGCCUUCUUGGACGGGACUGGUUCGAACCUCUGGGAAUUUCAGUGACUGGGAUUAAUACAGUCGCCGCAACAGAGUGUCAAGCCUUGCUAGACGAGUUCAAAGAAGUAUUCCAGGGCAACAUGACUGGACAUGAAGGAAAUCCUAUACAUAUUGACGUACAGCGGAACACUGCUACGAAAUUCCUGAAGAGUCGCACCGUGCCGUUAGCAUUAAGACAUGACGUCGACAAAGAGCUUAGAAAGCUUCAGCAUCAAGGAAUCAUCGAACCUGUUUCAUCUUCGCUCUGGGCUACGCCCCUUGUAACUGUGCGCAAACAGGACGGCACACUUCGAUUGUGUGGUGAUUACAGAAGUACUGUAAAUGUGGCUGUGGCGAAAGCUGCAUACCCACUACCGACAGUAGACGACAUGCUCAGUAUCGUCCAGGGGGGCAAGAUAUUUUCGAAGCUAGAUCUUCAACAGGCCUACCAGCAGCUUCGGGUGGACAAACCCACGUCAGAGCUGCUUACGUUGAACACAUCCAAAGGACUCUUCCGGGUCACUCGCUUACCUUUCGGUGUAUCCGUGGCUCCGAUCAUCUUUCAAAGAUACAUGGACACGCUACUCUCUGGAUUAGAGGGCGUCGGAGCCUACUUAGACGACAUUUUAAUAACGGGGUCCACUCAGGAAGAGCACAAUGAACGUCUGCGUGCAGUACUCCAACGGUUGCGUAAAGCUGGACUGAAAGCACGUUUCGACAAAUGCCUUUUUGCGGUUCCUGAACUGGAAUACCUAGGAUAUCACAUCCAAUCUACAGGCAUCACUCCGACCAGGAGAAAGGUACAAGCCAUCAUCGACGCUCCUGCACCACGUAGCAGGAAGGAACUUCAGUCAUUUUUGGGCCUCUUAAGCUUCUACAACCGUUUCCUGAAGGAUAGAGCGACAGUGGCGGAGCCUCUGUACCGGCUGCUCGACAAAGAGACCUCCUGGAAGUGGGGACAUCAAGAACAAAGCACGUUCGAAGAACUAAAACAGCUUCUGGUGAAGGCACCUGUUUUAGCACAUUUUGAUGAAUCCCGGCCGAUCAUCCUUUCCUGUGAUGCCUCACCAUACGGAGUUGGGGCCGUUCUCUCUCAACAAACAGUCGACGGAGAUGAGCUUCCAAUAAUGUUUGCUUCGCGCACACUGGGUACUCACGAGAGGAACUACGCACACAUGGACAAGGAGGGUCUGUCCAUCGUUUUUGGAAUGAAACACUUCCAUCACUUUAUUGCAGGCAGACACAUUACGGUGUUCACGGACCACAAACCGUUAUUGGGAAUCUUGAGCCCUAACAAACAGAUUCCUCAGAUGUUGUCACCCCGAAUGAUUCGCUGGUGCCUUUUACUAAGCGCAUAUGACUAUACCUUGGUAUAUCGCCCUGGAAAUCGGCAUCAAAACGCAGACGCAUUGAGCCGUCUCCCAUUGCCCAUAUCCGUCGAUGGUCAAGCAUCACUGGGUGACGUACUAAUGCUAGAAGCACUCCACUGCGAUCCACUGGAUGCUAACCAAGUGGCACAGCUUACUCAACGUGACGUCAUCUUGUCACGGGUCUUGGAAAGUGUCCAACGGGGAGAUUUCUCAGAUUGGAAUACAGAAGACCUUCUUCCCUAUAGACGUCGAAGGUCGGAACUUGCCGUCUGUAAAGGUUGCCUCACGUGGGGUUCCCGGGUCAUAAUACCUCAGAAAGCUCAGCCCUUGGCACUACAAAUGCUACAUGCAAACCACCCAGGAGUAGCAGCAAUGAAGAGCACUGCUCGAAGUCAUUUCUGGUGGCCAAGACUUGACCACGACAUCCAGUUAACAUUUGACAGAUGUCACACGUGCCAAACUUGGGCGCGUGCAAGUCCAGCCUUCGUGGAUGAAGACUUCAAACGCCUUGAUGCUCCUUGGCAUACGCUACAUAUCGACUUCGCGGGUCCAAUGGACGGUUGGUCAUACCUCAUCAUAGUCGAUGCAUUCUCGAAAUGGCUGGAGGUGAGACGGCUACGAACCACUACCUCUCGAAACAUCAUACAGGAGCUACGUAAUGCCUUUGCGACAUUUGGCAUACCACGUGUUCUCUUCUCGGACAAUGCUCCAAAUUUCGUUUCCGGAGAGAUGUCCGAAUUCUGCAAGCGUAACGGAAUCAAGCAACGUACAAGUGCCCCGUUCCAUCCAGCCACAAAUGGCCAGGCCGAAAGGAUGGUCGCUGAAACAAAAAAAGCACUUCACAAGCUCACUGAGAACAACACUCAGUGUCGUCUGGCACGUUUGUUGUUUCGACAGCAUAGCACAGUGUCAAAGACAACCGGGAAGACCCCCGGAGAACUGCUGUUUGGUCGCCCCCUGACAACAGCUUGGAAUUUAAUGCAUCCUCAGGAGCAUUCAGACAACAUGCCCAACGAAUCAAGCCAAACGACUGAGAAAUACAAAGUAGGGCAGCCAGUUUAUAUUCGGAUGUUCCACAGCGGGCCGCGAUGGCUUCCGGCAACAAUACUAAAGCAGACGGGUCGAUCUUCAUUUGCUGUCACGUCUACCGACGGAAGACUCCAUCGCCGCCACGUUGACCACAUCAAGCGCCGAAUCCUUGACAAAAAGGAUAUAACUGGUGAUACUGCAGCCAUGGUAACUGCACCCAGCCUUUUGAAUUUCCCUCCAUCCACGGACACCGAGCAGACACAGCAGAGUACGUCGCAGGAACCAGCCUUCCCUUUACUGACUACAGACCAGGCAAGCGGGCAGGCUCAGGGCACUCAGCAGCCAAACAUGCGAACGGGACGUUUUGGGCGUGUCAUCAAGACUCCGGCACAUUUGAAAGACUUUGUCGUAACUUAG